CGCACAAGCAUUUCUCGCCCUCCCCGGCGCCGCUCCCGCUAAUUGCCUUGGAGCGGCUACCUCCCCGUGGCGCCUGCGCAGAAACAAUCGUCCGCUCUGACCGCAACGAGUCCCCCCCUCGGGCUCGUCACCUGACGGAAGGAGACAGAGCGGCAAAGGGACGAAGUAGCGCCCCGACGGAGCGGAAUCAUCCUGGCCGGGCCUACUUCCGGCCGGGCCCCCUUCCCGCCGGAGCCCUCCGCGCCUGCGCAGUCCGCCGCGUUGCCAUGGAGAUGGCGUGGGGCGGUCUUGGCGGCCCGGGGUCCUGGAGUGAAAAUAUAUUGGAAUAUUUUCUGAGACAUAACCAGAUUAAAACAAAAGAUGGAGCUGAGAUCAUCUGGUACCAUGCAGCAAACCACAAGUCACAAAUGAGAGAGGCAUUAAAAAGUCCGGCUCACAUGAUAGAGGCAGAUGUUCUUCUUCCGAAUGAAGAAUCCGAGCACGGACAGCCAAUCAUGGCUCAUCCUCCUGAAACCAAUAGUGAUAAUACUCUUCAGGACUGGCUCGAUGAGAUUUUGGAAACCGAUAAAGGCAUCAAGCUUGACUUUAAAAGUUUGGCAGCAGUGAAGGCAUCAAUGAGACUUCUAGAAAAUGUUAAGGCAUAUCUAAAGCGUCCUGUGUGGAUUAAUGCUGACAUCCUUCCUGGCCCAAAUGGAAAUAACAGACCAGUGGAUGCAAGACAAUUUCUUGACACUGUGACAUCCUUUCUCCCAGAUGUGACAUUAUCUCUGGGCUGGACAACAGGAUGGCAUUCUGAGAAAUUCAAUGAAGGCUACAGUUGGACAAUGGUGAAAAAGAUGGAGUCUAUCUGUAGUGAAUUAAAUCAGCCUGUAACAUUCCCUGUCAGAGCAGCUCUGGUCCGACAAUCCCAUUCUGAGUUGCUUUGGUUAUUACAGCAGUCAAACAGAUACAGCCUGACUAUUUGGACAGGAAAAGAUGAUAAAUAUUCCACUGAAGAUCUACUCUACAUCAGAAACCAUUUUCAGAAGAACCAAGUUUUUUAUGAUAUUUUGGAACCUCAAUACCACGAAUUCAAACAGGCCAUAGGGCUCGAAGUCAAACCCUAAGUGGGAGAGAUCCACAAACUAGUUCAUAGUUAGGGUUUCAUGUCUUGGACUUUUCUUCGAAAAGUGACUCGCCAUGUCUGUUGUCAUUUUAGUGUGGUUUCCAUUUUGACUUCAGUUGUUCAUUCCAUUAGGUGAGGGGACUAAUAAUAAUGAUAAUAAUAAUGAUGGUAUUUGUUAAUCACUUAUGUGCCAAGCACUGUUCUAAGAGCUG